AUGAAUAACAAUCGGUAUAACCUACGCUCCUCGGCGCAACCGCAGAUUGCGCCGUCAUUCUAUCCGACAUCGUCGACGACCGGUACCGCGACGACCGGCGCAGGAAGUACUUCGACAACAACGUCGACGACAGGAGUCUCCUCUUCCUCGUUCCUACCAACACAAUCCACAUUUCAAAGCGGACAAGCGCAACAAUUUCAAGCUCAACCAGGCCAGUUUAUCGGCCAACAAGCACAACAGCAGCAACAUCUCUUCGCCGACACGCAAGCCCACGCACACGCACAAGCACAACAAAACAUGAAUACCAUACUCCCGACACAGGCCCAAGUACAACCGGGACAAAUGACUCUAGGCGGUCCCGCAGCCACGGCACCAUUCCUGCAAGACUUUACACUUGUCGCGGAGGCCGUGAAGCGGGUACAAAUGGACGCGGUGAUGACGGAGAUGGAGUCUAUUACUCUUUGA